GUUUUGUUUUGGCUAUUUUGAGGUAUCUACCAUAGGCUGCUGAAUUUUGUGACCCUCUCAUGAUGUUUGAUACUAACUAAGUGUUGUUGAUGCAUGGUGUGUCGGUGGUGUUGGGGUUGCGAAAUUGUCCUGGUUCUAUGCAGUGCUCGCUGGGCUUGCAUUUAUGUUUUCAGCUAGCAUUUUACUGCAAAUCCUGGCUUGUGCAAUAUACAACAACUGGUGGCCAAUGUUAACAGCUUUAAUGUAUGUUCUAGUGCCUAUGCCAUGUUUGUUCUUUGGAGGUGGCUCCACUCAUUUCUUGACCAGUAGGGAUGGUGGGGGCUGGAUAGAUGCUGCAAAGUUCCUUACAGGGGCAUCCGCUGUUGGGAGCAUUGCCAUUCCUGCAAUCCUGAGGCACGCUAAUUUGAUAGAGACAGGUGCCAUGUUCAUAGAGUUCACUUCUUUCUUCAUCCUCGUCUGUACUGUCUUGUGUUUUCACCGUGUUAGUCUUGAAGAUGAUUGGUGAUUAUCUACCUUAUGCAAGAAAGCAUACAACUACUGUGCGAUCAAU